AUGUCAAGAGUUCCAAGAAGUUUCAGAUUGCUCGAAGAGCUCGAGAAGGGUGAAAAGGGUAUGGGACCCGAAUCAUGCAGUUACGGUCUUGCUGAUAGUGAUGAUAUAACCAUGACCAACUGGAAUGGAACAAUCCUGGGCCCGCCACACAGCAAUCAUGAAAAUAGAAUAUACUCUGUGGCCAUUGAGUGUGGUGAAGAAUAUCCUGAUCAGCCUCCCCAAAUCAAAUUUGUAUCCAAAAUUAAUCUCCCUUGUGUAGACCAAAUAACAGGGGAAGUAAAGAAAAACCAGUUUCAUACUUUGCGUGAAUGGAAACGCUCUUACACAAUGGAAACACUACUGCUGGAUCUUCGCAAGGAGAUGGCCCUGCCCACCAACAAAAAGUUGCCUCAACCCACGGAAGGGUCUAACUUUUGA